AAUGCAGAUCAGCCGUGUCGUAUGCAGGGGGAGAGCCCCAGAUGCAUCAAUUGCCAAGGUGACCACUGGGCCAACAAUCAAAACUGUCCAAUGAUUGUUAAGCAACGCACUAUAGUCAGCCUCGCAGCUGUGGAAAAUAUUUCCAUAGCGGAUGCAAGAAUAUGGGUUGAAAAAGGUAAUGAAGAACCUGAAAACGUGCAUCGCUCACAUGCUGAAAUCCUAAAAUCUCAGAGUCAAUCACAACCACAGUCACAAAGAAACAAGCAGAUCUACCGCAGAGGGAAUACGCCGACGACGACGUCAGCAUCGGCGCCCACAUCUCACAGAUACGUGACUCAACCCAGCACGCUUCAAGGUGGCUAUGACGACGGGGCUCACCGUCGGGUUCUCAUCGAGGCUAACGGUCGAGCCUCGUACAAGUCCGGUAACGGCGUAGCCUUCUCUAAUUACUCCUCCAAAUGGUCAGAACCUCGAGGUACGUACGCAGGUAAGGCGAAAGACGAGCUGGAUUUUGCUGAGUUGCUUGCCAUGGCAACUGGAAUCUUUUCACACUUCCAGAAUAACAACUUCACCGGCGCUCUUAGCGACAUUUUUAGGCUCCUCAAAAUUCUUGGCAAAUACUUUUUCCAAUCUUCUUCCUUCGCUUCUCAGCCUGAGAGAGAGGCGAGAGAUUCUCCCGGAACCCCCCAUGUCAUCAACGAUUAUAACAACAGGUUCGAACAGCAGCAAGACUCUGCAUUCGAUUACGAUUAUGAAUCGGAUUGCAAUUACAAUUUUCGGAACUAAAUCACACACUUCACGCAAUAAUGCCAAUCAGGCUAGUGACAUCCCGCGUAGCCUGCGUGGUCCCUUGUCUUCGCCGCUGUCGCGCGGCGGCU